AUGCCACGGGCGGUGCAUGAGCGGCAGACAGACGCGCGGGGAAAGCGAAAAGGGAACAGCGCUAUAUUGAUCCGAGGCAGGUGGGGAUCCCAGCAGGAGCAGACGGCAGCAUCCCCAUCCAAAAACCACGCCCAUAUGAUUUCACCAGUGUGGCCUGAGCGCGCUGUUGCGAGAUUCACCCAUGGGUGCCAACGCAGGGCUCAGUUUGGAGCGUGCGUAAAAGGCAUGUUGAAAAGAGGGGGAGCCCUGGUGUGUCCCUCGGUGCAGAGCGUGUCUGUUUGGGGUUCAUUUGAGAAGAAAAAGAACAUGAUGAUGAUGUUGAUGGUGGUGGUGAUGGGGAUGGUGGUGUCCUCGCUGUUGCCAUGGUGA